CUACCUCACCGAGCUCAACAGGCUUCCAUUCCCACCUGUAUGGAAGAGUUGAAUAAAUACCGAGGUAGUGAGCGCACCAGGAACCUCUGACGUUUCCCAGCGGCGACAACUGCUUCGAGACUUACUGCCAAAGCUGGCAGCCCUGGAGCUAGAUGACCUCCACCGCCGGGUCGAAAUGACAAUCCAGGCUGUUUCCCCUCCACACCUCUAUCACCAACCCCUGGUCAUUUGGCCGCACAUAGCAAAAACUUGGAGGCAGUGGUUGCAGCGACCCAGGCUCAAUUUGUGCCAGUCGUUGGCGGAAUCCGUCCGGCUGCGUUGCGCAAUGGAGGGCAAGGAGAAGCGCCUGGUGUUGCCGGAUCGAUUGACCGGCUAAGCUGGGUGCUUG